AUGGCUACAACAGCACUCACUGGAUUAUCUGUGAUGAGCCUUCUCAGCCUUGGAUACCUCACCUGGGAUUUGAAUGGUCCUAACCAGGUGGAGAAAGAGCCAGGUCAGACUUUUGGUGGAGGGUCUCUUGGUACAAAGCCUCACAUCAUCUUCAUCAUGACAGAUGAUCAGGGAUUCAACGAUAUAGGCUAUCACAGCUCAGAUAUAAAGACACCCGUGCUGGAUAAACUGGCUGCUGAUGGAGUGAAACUGGAAAAUUAUUACAUCCAGCCCAUCUGCACCCCAUCCCGAAGCCAACUCAUCACCGGGAGGUACCAGAUUCACACUGGCCUCCAGCACUCCAUCAUCCGACCCCGUCAGCCGAACUGUCUACCAUUUAACCAUAUCACUCUCCCCCAGAGACUGCAGGAGCUUGGCUACUCCACCCACAUGGUGGGCAAAUGGCACUUGGGCUUUUACAAGAAAGAGUGUCUACCAACACGACGUGGCUUUGACACAUAUUUUGGCUCGCUGACCGGUAGUGUCAACUACUAUACCUACAAAUCCUGCGACGGUCCAGGCAUGUGUGGUUUUGAUCUCCACGAAGGAGAGACAAUAGCCUGGGAUCAGAGGGGAAAAUACUCCACCCAUUUGUACACACAGAGGGUCCGUAAAAUCCUGGCAAGACACGAUCCCUAUUCUCAGCCACUCUUUAUCUACCUUUCUUUUCAAGCAGUUCACACGCCCUUACAGUCCCCACAGGAGUAUAUCUAUCCAUACCGUGGAUUGGGCAACGUCCCACGAAGGAAGUAUGCUGCUAUGGUCUCUGUGGUGGAUGAGGCGGUUCGGAAUAUAACAUAUGCCCUCCGUAUAUAUGGCUACUACCAAAACACCGUCAUCAUCUUUUCCACAGAUAACGGCGGACAACCAUUGUCUGGUGGCAAUAAUUGGCCACUUCGGGGGCGUAAAGGCACUUACUGGGAAGGUGGUGUCAGAGGCUUGGGAUUCGUCCAUAGUCCUCUUUUGAGAAAGAAGAGGAGAGUAAGUAAAGCCUUGGUGCAUAUCACUGACUGGUAUCCAACACUGGUAGGCCUGGCAGGUGGCAAUGAGUCCUUUACUAAAGGUGUGGAUGGAUUUGAUGUUUGGGGAGCCAUUAGUGAAGGGAAGGAGUCCCCCAGAUUAGAAAUCUUACACAACAUUGACCCUCUCUAUAACCGUGCUCGCAGUGGCUCCCUGCAGAAGGGACACGGGAUUUGGAACACGGCCGUGCAGGCCUCUAUUCGAGCUGGAGAUUGGAAAUUGUUGACAGGAGAUCCUGGUUACGGAGACUGGACACCGCCGCAGAUGCUUCCAAGCUUCCCUGCCAGCUGGUGGAACCUUGAGAGGCACACUGAACCUACGAAGUCAGUAUGGCUUUUCAACAUAUCCGGAGACCCCAAUGAACGUUUUGACCUCGCUGAGCAGAGGCCAGAUGUGGUCAAAGAGCUGUUGGCGAGACUGGUGUACUACAAUCGUACGGCCGUCCCGGUACGGUAUCCAUCAGAGGACCCGCGGGCUGACCCUAGCCUGAACGGUGGUGCCUGGGUUCCUUGGGUUCGAGAUGAGGAAGAGGACAGCUGGGACACAUUUUAUCCUAAGAAGAAUAAAAGGGACUGGAAGAAGAAGCUGAAACUGUCUCAUAGCCGAUCGUUUUUCAGGAGACUCAACACGAGGAUCAUGUCAAACAGGAUAUGA